UCUCAAUAAAGGGUCGACUCUUCAACCACUCCAGUUCUGUUCGUUUGUUUGUUUAAAAAAAAAAAUCAAAAUAGCUCUGCUUACUACGAAAGCCGCAGUGAACUUCAAACCACUUGCAUCACCUCGUGAAGCCAUCAUGGUGAGGUGCUCGCGCUCUCUCACAACCACCAGCCAACGCGCUCGCCGUAAACACCGGGUGGUGAUGGGGUACCUCUCCCAGGCCUGGUCCCUGCGGGGGCCAAUCAUCAGCGCUGUCGCCAUCCUCGUCUUCCUGCCCUUCGCUCUCUCCGAGCAACGGGAGUUCCGCUGCGCCUACGUCAUCCUCGUCAUGGCGAGCCUGUGGCUGACGGAGUCGAUUCCCAUCUCGGCCACAGCUUUGUUUCCCAUCUUCAUGUUCCCGGCCUGCGGGGUGCAGAAGGCCUCGGAAGUUGGGAAAAACUACAUCAACGACACCAGCAUGCUCUUCCUGGGAGGUCUCAUCCUCGCGGUGGCGGUGGAGGAGUGGAAGCUGCACAAGAGGAUCGCAGUGGGCGUGCUAAGGAUUGUGGGAGCAGAUCCUAAAUUAGUAAUGCUGGGCUUGAUGAUCCCGACGUGGUUUUUGUCGAUGUGGAUUUCCAACACAGCGACGGCCUCCAUGAUGCUGCCCAUCGCCAACGCUGUCAUGAACCAGAUGGGCAACGGCAGCAAGGAGUCGGAACCCGACCUGGCUGUCCAGACCUCCUCCACCAGCCAAACAAAGGAAGGACAAGUCAUGAACGGCUCUCCACAGAAGUACACCUACAAAGGGGAGACAAGUCAAACCGACAUUCAGAUCCAGCUUGACACGGACCAAGUCGACAUCGAUUCGCUGCCCACACCACGAACAGGUGACAGUUGUGUUGUACCUCCGCCACAGGACCUGGAACUGGAGGCAAGGUCUGAUGGUGACAUUCCCUCAGCAGGAGAUGCAGAAGACAAGCCAUCAUCGCCUGAGAAGUCCAGCGACAACCUACUGUGCAAGGGCAUGAGUCUCAGCAUCGCCUACGCCUGCAACGUCGGCGGCAUCGCAACCUUGACCGGAACGCCCCCUAACCUUGUUCUGAAAGGUCAAGCUGACGAUUUUUUCAACGCCCGCUACAAGCAGUUGGGGCUGCGCGAGGACGGCUCUGGAAUCACCUUCGCCAACUGGAUGGCCUUCGCGCUGCCCAUGUCCGCCAUCACCCUGGUGCUGGGCUGGGUGGUCCUCAUGCUGCUCUUCCUGCGACUCAAUGUCUGCCGGCGAAUACCUCCGGAGCAGACGAAGGCGGUGAAGAAGGUCAUCAUGGAGGAGUGGAAGUCCAUGGGCCGGAUGACGAUGGCGGAGGGUCAGGUGCUGGUCCUCUUUGUUUUCCUCGCCGUCAUGUGGAUCAGCCGAGACCCCAGAGAAUCUCCCGGGUGGACUGAGUGGUUCAUGAAAGGGUACAUAUCUGAUGCCUCGGCCGCCAUGCUGGUCGCCGGACUUCUCUUCAUUUUACCUUCACAGAUUCCGCGCGUGUUCUGCCUGCGAACCUCAGAACACGAACACUCGGAGUACUACAAGCCGCUGCUGACGUGGGACAUGGUCCACAAAAAGUUGCCCUGGGGGGUCAUCAUCUUACUGGGAGGAGGCUUUGCCUUGGCCGAGGCCUGCAGAGUGUCCGGCCUCUCGGACUGGCUGGGAGGGAAGCUGCAGUACCUGGGCUUCAUGGAUCCCUGGGUCUUGAACUUAUGUCUUUGCCUCAUCGUCGCCGUGGCAACGGAGGUCACCAGCAACACGGCCACCUCGACACUCCUCAUGCCCAUCAUGGCAGAGCUGGCCUUGAAGGUCAAUGUUAACCCUCUCUAUCUGAUGGCAUCCUCCGCCAUAGCCACCUCCUUCGCCUUCAUGUUGCCCGUGGCAACGCCACCCAACGCCAUCGUCUUCUCCUAUGGACGUCUGCGAGUCUUCGACAUGUUCACUGCCGGCAUCUUCAUGAACAUCGCCGCCGUGCUGACCUUGACCCUGGCUGUCAACACCUGGGGCAACGCCCUCUUUAACUUCCACGAAGUUCCUUCUAUAUUCGUCAGCAACUCCACGCUCGUCCUUUCCGCUGCUUGACCCGGAGAGAGAUGCUUGGUGGAGGUGACAACUGGUGGAGGAGAUGAUUUUAUGCGAUAACAACGACGACAAAGAAAAACAAAAACAAAAAAAAACAAACCUGGGAGUGGUGUUCACAUCGACCAGGGUGUCAUGGCAUCAGAAGGGCGAAGAGAGCGGGGGAGCCAUGUAGUGCAUGAAGUGUAUUGAACUUCUCAGGUGUAGACAAGGACUUCUUUCACACUCCUACACUGUGCUGUAUGUUUAGAAUUUUUUUCCUAUGGCGCUAAGUGCACUAGUGGUGUGUGUGUGUGAGAGAGAGAGAGUGUGUGUCAAUGUUUGUGUGUGAGAAAGUGUGUGUAUGUGUGUGUGUGUGUGUGAGAGGGAGAGUGAGUGUGUGUGUUUGCAUAUUGAAUAAGAAUACAGGUCGAAAUAAAUUAAACAUUUGUAAGUUUAGAAGUGCUAGGCCUUUGAAAUGUUUACCUCCAUUAGCAUUUCGUUAUUCAAAAAGUCUUGCGCUCGAUUCUGUUCCCAGUGUGUGAGAGAGACUGAAUGAGAAAUUACGAUUUGAAUGAUGGCGAGUGAAUUUGUAGGACACCGAUUAUGCUCGAGCGACUUCAGGUAUUCAAGGCCCUUGAGUCCUUCUUUGUUGGUGGGAUAAGGGGCUUCAUACAAAAACACUCCUUCCUUCUCUCUCUCACACACACACAAACACACAUUGCCAGUUCACUCUUUUAAUGUCAUACCUUAUUAUCAUAUUACUUCAUGAAUUAUUAAACAUAUUUUCCACUGUAUAUACAAGGACUAGAUAAAAAAAAAAGUCGGUUGUUACCGGUGAACGGGUGUGUAUAGUUUAAGGCUGAAGAUGUGUGUAGACUGUCUUCAUGCAAGAGAGAAAACAUCGACCUCUGACCCUUUGUGAUAAGUCAAAACAUAGCAACAACGAGCUUUGUGCUUUGUAAUGGACAGCAGGGGCACGAGCAUUUAUAAAGACAGCGGCGAUGUACUUUGGUUUCAUCGCUUGUGAUGGUAGGGCAGUGGUGGCUAGUGACUGACUAGUGGACUGGUCCCUCCAACUGUCGAGAAGAAGGAUGCUGCUUAGAGACUGGGGACUGAAGUGGAUUCCUCUCCCUGCUCACCCAGCAGCUGCUCUUGGGGAGGUGGGGGAGCUAAUGUAUGGGGGGAUGUACAGACAGCGGUAAGAGCUGGUCUGUCUGUGUUUCACAUGCCGUAUCCUAGUCACGGCGAGCCACUUACGGUUAUUGCUCCUUAGGGAAUGGGAUUUCUAUAUCACCUUUAUAUAUAUAUUUAGAUGACAUGGAAAUAUGGCAUUUGCAAGUUUGUGAAUAGUGAAUCAGGCUGUUUUGUUGUAUUUCCAUUGGAAGAGAGUGUCACUAGGUCCUGUAGGGAACAGGUUGAGCAGGUCUCUCAGCCAGGUGUUCAGAAUGUCUAAAAAGCAGAUCCCUCCAUUUCAUGAAUACUCCCCCCUUCCGUGCUCCAAGCACACAUCUGUCGUUUACUUCUACUUUUUUCUUACCUUUGUUAUGUGUUUUUUGUUUGUUGUUUUUUAUGCGACAUCACUGUACAACCAGAUAAAUGUCAAUUUAAAUUGUU